AUGUUUACAAUGGAACUGUGACCUUUCUGCCUUUGGAGAAAAACAAUGAAGGAAAAUACCAGAUUAAAAAGUGCAAUAUUUAUCAAAUUCAACUAACUCACAUAAAAGAUGAGGAAUGGUCUGUGUCUAUUGUAGCUCCAUUUCCAGAAGAUUGGUUUUCAGAUGGAAUUGCAUACCCCAAACUAUCAUGGCUUGGAAAUGAACUUUUGUCCAAACUGGCUAAAUGGUCUGUGGAACAAAAGCCAAGUGAGUUUAAAAGUACACUCUCACUCAUUUCUGUAGCAAAAUACAGCAAAGUUUAUCAAGAGCUUAAAGAAAAAUACAAAGCGAUGGUAAAGGUGUGGCCCGAAGUGACCGAUCCUGAGAAAUUUGUUUAUGAAGAUGUUGCCAUUGCCACUUAUUUGUUGAUUCUUUGGGAAGAAGAGAGAAAGGAAAAAGAGUUGACCAAGAAACAGUCAUUUGUAGAUCUUGGAUGUGGAAAUGGUCUACUGGUUCAUAUUCUAAACAAUGAAGGGCAUUCAGGUAGAGGAAUUGACGUGAGGAGAAGAAAAAUAUGGGACAUGUACGGACCAGAAACUCAUUUAGAGGAAUCUACCAUCAUGCCAGGUGACAGUCAUCUUUUUCCAGAUACUGACUGGCUCAUAGGAAACCAUUCAGAUGAAUUAACACCAUGGAUACCUGUAAUUGCAGCUAGGUCAUCCUAUUCAUGUUGCUACUUUGUGCUGCCAUGUUGCUUUUUUGAUUUCCAUGGAAAAUACAGCCGAAGACAAAGCAAGAAAACUCAGUACAGAGAAUACCUCGAUUUUGUUGCUCAAGUGGGAUUUGUAUGCGGCUUUCACGUGGAAGAAGAUUGCCUUAGAAUUCCAUCGACAAAAAGGGUGUGCCUUAUUGGAAAAAGCAGGACCUAUCCGCCUACAGACUGCGCUGUGAUUGAUAAGCAGAUAACACAGUAUAUUAAUAACCGUCAGACCUGUGCUGCGGUCACGUGUGACGGAAGAGUUGGCUUUAAUCAUAAGGAGCACUCUGGUGGGGUAUGCAAAGAAACAGACUCAGAGCUUCCUGAAAAUGAGACUGCUGGUACAAUUUGGAUGCCUGGAUUUCAACCGAGAGAAAAAGUAGAACAAAUCAGAAAUUGUGCUUCCCUCCCUCGGGAUUUUGUAGAUUAUGUGGUCCUCAGCGUGGCAAACUUGCUGUUAAAUGCAACACCCCAAAAAUCGUGUUCUAAUAUGCAUAGUGGAGAUAGGAAUACCUGGAAUCAAGGAGAAAGCCUUUCCUUGAAGGAAGUAGCAGAACACUUAAAUAAAGAGACUUUAAAAAGGCUAAAGAGUGAAUAUGGAGGCCUGCAGACACUACUCAAGAACAAUCAUCAAGUAUUUGAAGUUCUAAAUGGGAGAGUUCAUAUUCGUGACUGGAGAAAAGAGAAACCAUCAAGGAAAAAUAAGCCUGAUGUGAAACGACGCCUUUCAGCUGAAGCAUUUAAAACACGUCUCUGCUGGUUUUUCAUUCAUCAUCCUGAUGGUUGUUCUUUGCCUUCUGAAUCUUGCCCAUAUGCUCAUGGGACUGAGGAGCUAAGGCAGUCUCAGAUUAUUAAAAAGAAAAAACAUAUACAGUAAUAAAACGCUGCUACUUACGUUUAAGCUUGUGUACAUGGCUGAAUCUGUGACGGUCUUCAGGACUGCCUAGUGCAUGAAGAUCUGUACAAUAUGGAGGGGUUUACCCUAUGCCAGUGCAUCUUACUUUCCAGUUGGUUUACAAGUUCUCCUGUAUUUUUAAUUCUUUACCUUUUUGUUAACAUGGAAAAGGUACAGUAAAGUACAUAUAUACUUUUGGA